CGGGCGAGGAGCGAGGGGCGAGCGCGCGGCGCCAUGGUGGAGAAGGAGGAGGCGGGCGGCGGCUUCAGCGAGGAGGAGGCGGCGCAGUACGACCGGCAGAUCCGCCUGUGGGGGCUGGAGGCCCAGAAGCGGCUGCGAACCUCCCGGGUGCUGCUUGUGGGCAUGAAAGGACUUGGGGCUGAGAUCGCCAAGAACCUCAUCCUGGCUGGUGUGAAAGGGCUGACCCUGCUGGACCAUGAGCAGGUAUCUCCAGAGGAGUCUGGAGCUCAGUUCCUGAUCCGGACUGGGUCUGUUGGCCGAAACAGAGCAGAAGCCUCUCUGGAGCGAGCUCAGAAUCUCAACCCCAUGGUGGACGUGAAGGUGGACACCGAGAACAUAGAAAAGAAGCCCGAGUCCUUUUUCACUCAGUUCGAUGCUGUAUGUCUGACUUGCUGCUCCAGGGACGUGAUAGUUAAAGUCGACCAGAUCUGCCAUAAAAACAGCAUCAAGUUCUUUACGGGAGAUGUUUUUGGCUACCAUGGAUACACGUUUGCCAAUCUCGGAGAGCACGAGUUUGUAGAGGAGAAGACCAAAAUUGCCAAGGCUAGCCAAGGGCUGGAGGAUGGGCCUGAUACCAAGAGAACGAAAUUUGACUCAUCUGAGACCACCAUGGUCAAAAAGAAAGUGGUCUUCUGCUCCAUUAAAGACGCGCUGGAGGUGGACUGGAGGAGCGAGAAAGCCCAGGCAGCCCUGAAGCGUACCACCUCGGACUACUUCCUCCUUCAAGUGCUCCUGAAGUUCCGCACAGAUAAAGGCAGAGACCCGGCUUCCGAGAGCUUCCGGGGAGAUUCAGAGCUGCUGCUCCAGAUUCGCAACGAUGUCUUGGACGCCCUGGGAGUCCGCCCCGACCUGCUGACGGACGACUUUGUCAGGUUCUGCUUCUCGGAGAUGGUCCCAGUGUGUGCUGUGGUCGGCGGCAUCUUGGCCCAGGAGAUCGUGAAGGCUCUGUCCCAGAGGGACCCUCCUCACAACAACUUCUUCUUCUUCGACGGCAUGAAGGGGAAUGGGGUUGUGGAGUGCCUUGGCCCCCAGUGAACCCCAGUCCUGGCAGCCUGGAGGUGUGGUCUGUGGUGUGCCUGGUGACCCCGUUGCUUCUCCCACCCGGCCUUUCCAAGCCAGCAGACGGUUACGUCAUGGCCGGCGCUUCUUCCGACGGGCUGCUUGGCACCCGCAGCAGCUGAGCGAGGCUGGAUGCCCGGUGCCACACGCCUUGGCCAGCCCCAGCCUGCCCAUCCUCUGCGUGCCCAUCCCCCAAGCAACCCUUGACUCUCUUUCCUGUGCCCGCCCAGCAUCUCCCC